AUGGAUUCUUCUAACGAAGAAGUGUGUAUUCAUAUGGAUCGAUUUGAAGAACAACAACGAAUAUUCGUUCAGGUGUUGAAACAAAUUGAUGAUGAGUCAGAUGAAUAUAAAGACCUAACCAACAACUUGUUGCAGCUAUAUUUAUCGGGGCAAAUACCUAGAGAUCCAGAGCCAAAAGAAGUGUUCACAAGAAGAUAUACGUACCAGGGUCGGGAUGAAUGUCACGAGAAGUUAAUGCACGAUUAUUUUCUUCCCGACUGUGUGUUCUCUGAUGAAAAUUUCCAAGGUCGAUUCCGAAUGCCCCGAAAUUUGGUGCUAAAGAUUAUUGGUGAGCUCUGUCAGGUAGAACCUCAAUUUAUUUAUCAGUAUGAUGCACUGGAUAUUAGGGGUCAUAAACCUGAACAAAAGGUUACUUCGGCCUUAAGGAUUCUAGGAUAUGGCAGACCUCCAGAUUCUAAUGAUGAGUACCUUCGCAUUGGAAAAACAACUGCAUACAAGUAUCUUUCGUUGUUUUUCGAAACAAUGAUUAAUCAUUUUGAUUUAAAGUAUGGAAUUUCACCUCAGGUAAAUUUCAUUAUCAACGGGAAUCACUACACUCAUGGUUAUUAUCUUGCAGAUGAAAUUUAUCCAAAAUGGUCAACUUUAGUUCACCGUCAGCCACCAGCCGGUGAAAUGGGUCGUUCAUGCUCAUAUUUCAAUAGUAGACAAAUGGAUCUGAGAAAGGAUGUGGAACGGGCUUUUGAAAUUCUGAAGCGGAAGUUCGCAAUAAUUUUUGGGCGUUAUCGUGGUCUAAGUGCUCAUGAAAUGCAUAAGACUAUGCUCACUUGCAUCAUUAUGCAUAACAUGGUAAUCCAGGAAACUCGUCAUAAUAAGAAUUGGACUAACCAUCAAGAUGAAGACUUAAGGCCUGAGAUUAUACCAGCAAGAGGAUUACCUGCAAGGAACUAUGCGCAAAUGACCAGUCAUAGUGAGAACAAAACUCUGUAUAACAGGUUAAUGGAAGAUCUCAGAGCGAAUAUGUGGGCUAAGUUUGGAAGAGAUGGAGGACGAAUUGAGUAG